CGGCCCGGCGGCACGGCCACACGCGGCGGCAGCCAGGGGACGGCGAGCUCCGCGGCCCUUGGCGGCUCCCGACACCCAGGCGUGAUCCCGUUCCCGGCUCCUUCUCAGUUGCAGACAACUGAGAAUAAUGUGAACAAAGCAGUAGUAAGAGAUUUCUUGCUGACUAUGUGAACACUGAGUGGGAAGCACAGGGCUGGAGUCUGGCAUGGAGGAGAUCCCAGUUAAAGUUGCAGUCCGAGUCAGACCUCUGCUUUCCAAAGAAAUACUUCAUAACCACCAAGUGUGUGUCAGAUUAGUCCCAAAUGCAAAACAAAUUAUCAUUGGAAAGGACCAUGUCUUCACUUUUGAUUUUGUAUUUGGCAAAAGCUCAACCCAAGAAGAAGUUUAUACUGUUUGCAUUAAGCCUCUUCUAGUGUCUCUGACUGAGGGAUACAAUGCUACAGUGUUUGCAUAUGGACAGACUGGUUCUGGGAAGACUUACACCAUCGGCGGUGACCACAUUGCAUCAGUUGCAGUGGAUGAAAAAGGCAUAAUCCCACGAGCUAUUCAGGAAUUAUUUCAGCAUAUUUCUGAAAACCGUAAUAUUAACUUCUAUGUGAAAGUAUCUUAUAUAGAGGUAUACAAGGAAGAACUUCGAGAUUUGUUGGAGCUGGAGACCUCUGUGAAAGAAUUACAUAUCCGAGAAGAUGAGAAGGGAAAUACAGUGAUUGUUGGCGCUAAAGAAUUCCAAGUAGAAUGUGCAGAUGAAGUGAUAAGCCUGCUGGAAAGUGGCAAUGCAGCUCGUCACACAGGCACAACACAGAUGAAUGAGCACUCUAGUCGAUCUCAUGCCAUUUUUACCAUCAGUAUUUGUCAGAAGCAAUAUGCAGAGUCUCAAAAAAAUACUGACGCUGCACGGGAUUUGAUUGCUUCGAAGUUUCAUUUUGUGGAUUUGGCAGGAUCAGAGAGGGUAGCAAAAACUGGAAAUACUGGUGAACGCUUCAAAGAAUCAAUUCAGAUCAACAGUGGUCUCUUGGCCUUGGGAAAUGUCAUCAGUGCCCUUGGAGACCCAAAAAGGAAAAGUGUACAUAUUCCAUACAGGGAUGCUAAAAUCACUCGUAUUUUGAAGGACUCCCUUGGAGGAAAUGCCAAGACUGUUAUGAUAACAUGUAUAAGUCCAUCCUCACUGGACUUUGAUGAAUCUUUAAAUUCCCUUAAAUAUGCCAACAGAGCCAAAAACAUUAGAAAUAAACCGGUAGUAAAUUACAACCCUGAAAAAUGCCGGAUUGAUGAAAUGGAACUUGAAAUCAGAUUGCUUCGGGACGCUUUGCAGAACCAGCAGGGCAGUAAUCAGUAUUUACACAACUUAAAUGAAGAAAAACCUCAUAUCAGUUCACUCGAGGAGCAGCUCACCCGUCUUCAGGCUCAAUAUUUCAGUUACAGAAAUUGUGUAGAUGAAGCCUUCCGCUUUCUACUUGAUUUGAAUGAUGACGUUAGCUUAAGAAGAAGUCAGCGGGACAGGUUGCAGAGCUGGAUUGCUAUGGUACAGAAAGUAAGGAAGGAAGCUCUCAUCGUCCAGGAAACUGACACAGAAACUGAGACUGGCCCACAGCCACAUCAUGUAACAAUUCUUCAGCUAAAGAAGGAACUAAAGAAAUGCCAGCAGGCACUAGUUAUGGAUGAAGAAGUAUUCAGUCAGAAGGAUCGUGAAGUGGAGACACUACAGAAUCAGAUAAAGACAUUACUACAGGAAAAUGAAGAACAACUGGAAUCUUUAAAGGAGGCUCAAGAAACACAUAGAUUACAGACUGAGAAAAUGGUAGAACAGCAAAUGCUUAUUGAUCAGCUAAAAGAGAAAUUAGAGAAGAUUACAGAUGUGAAAACUUUGGAUACCUCAAGUGCUUGUGAAGAUGGGCCAACAUUUGCAAGGAGGCCCUACAGUGUCCCACUCACAAAAAAUCUGCUACACUUCCUUCACCCACCUUCAGGUACAGAGACCCAAAAGGUGCAUACCGGCCCCCGUGCCUUCUCACUGGACAGGAUAAUGGCAGAAUUCCAUGCUCGCAGACAGAUGAUACUGAGCAAAAUAGAAGAUCAGGAUAAAGUCCUUCACUGCCACCUCUCUGAUCAGAGUGAUGAAGAGGAAGAAAAUACAGGCAGCAAAGAGAAAACCUCAUUUAAGCAUUCCAUAAACCAAACAUGGACACAAAAUCAGGUUUCUCUGUGCUCUCCUCCUGAUCUAAGUGAUGUGAAAUGUCAAAUAAACAAGCCUGGUUUAUCCAACAAAUUUGCACUACAGAUUGACACAGCCACAGGUGAAGAGAUUGACAGCCUCCAGAAAAUUCAUGGUUUUAACAUGCAGAAUUUGAAGAUCUCAGAGUUGAGAUUCACUGAGGCCAAGCAAAAAAUAAGAGAACUUGCACUUAAUAUCAAAAGGAAAGAGGAACUUAUUAAGGAAUUAGUAAGAACAGGUAAGGAUGCUCAGUCUGUAAGUAGGCAAUAUUCUUUGAAGAUAACUAAACUGGAGCAAGAAACUGAGCAGGCCAAAAUGGAACUGGCUGAAACACAAAAGCAGCUUCAGGAGCUGGACAGUAAAGAGGUGAGAGACGUUCCUGAGAAAGUCAAGUUACAAAAAGAGUUCCAGAAGAAGAUGGAUGCAGCUAAGAUGAAAGUGCAGACCUUACAGAAGAAGCAGCAAGACAUUAAGAAUUUGGCUUCCUUAUCUAACCAAAGUGUGAGAGAAGCAACAGAACUUGAGCAGAAUGUGGCUCAGAUGAAGCAUCAGCAAUCCCAGAUGCAGAAGAGACUGUAUGAGGAGAGUGAAAAAAAGAAGCAACUAGAAGUGGAACUUCAGCAGAACCAGCAACAAAUUAAGGAACUUCAACUUAAGAUGGAGCAACAACAGAAGAUCCUUGAGCUGAAGGAUAAAGAAAUUGCUGAUUUCAAAAAGAAGAAAAAUAACUCUAUGGGAACUCCACAGAAACUACAGAAAUUAGAAGAGCAAAAGAAGUGGUUGGACGAAGAAAUGGAAAGAAUUCUUCAACAACACCAACAGUUAGCAGAACUAGAAGAAGAUUUAAAGAAAAGAGAAGCCAUUGUAGCCAAAAAAGAAGCGUUAUUACAAGAGAAAAGCCACCUGGAAAUCAAGAAACUGAGAUCUAGCCAGGCAUUAAACAAAGACAGUAUGAAAUUGUCUACUCGCUUAACUAUACUGGAUCAGGAGCUGUGUGAUAAAAGUAUGGAGCUUCAGAGCAGCACCACUGAAGACAAGACAGACAUUUUGGAAAAAAUUCAGGUUCUCCACGUGGAAAGGGAUCAGCUGCUCAGAAAGAGAAACAGUGUGGAUGAGAAACUGAGAGAUGGUAAAGUGUUGUCAGCUGAAGAAGAACAUGUCCUUUUCCAGCUAGAAGAAGGAAUUGAAGUUCUGGAGGCUGCUAUUGAUUACAAGAAUGAAAGUAUUUAUAAUCGCCAGCACUUGCUUAGGUCCUCUUCUCAGAGUCUUUCACAGAGUGAGAAUAACGUAAUAGGGAAACUAGUUUCCCUGUCUGCUGCUGAGCUCAGAGCUAUUAUCAUCAGUUAUUUCAACAAGAUCGUUGGCCUACGUGAGUCUGAACGAAAAUUACAACUGCAGAUUGAAGAACAGGAAAUGAAGGCCAUGGACCGAGAAAACAUAAUACGCGAAUUAGAAUCAGCGCUUGGACACAUCAAGUCACAGUGUGACAGGCAGCUCACCCUCCAGCGCAAAGAACACCAGAAAAAAUUACAGUUGCUAUUGCAUAAUUUCACAGAACAAGACAGUGAAGGUAUUGCAGAAACCUUGAAAGGGUAUGAAGUAAAAGUCCAGCAACUGGAAAAGGAAUUAUUUUUCUAUAAGAAAACCAGCAGAGAGAUGAAGAAGAAAUUGAAGGGCCUUUUCGGAGAGUCAUCCCAUCAAAUAUUGUCAUCCAGUAAAUAAUCCAAACCUACAACAGAGCUCUUCACAUGGAGGUGAAAAGAAGAUUCAACUUCAUAGCUGUUUCGGUUGCCUCAUACCUCUCAAUGACACCACAAUACCUCUCAUGCACAAUGCAGCCUUCUUGGCCCAUGUUUCUUUCUCCUUGAUGCUCAGCAAGAUUGGUCCUUCCUCCAAUUAAUGCUUCUGUUUCUUUACACUCUGACAAUGCUGUGCCUUCUACAAAGAGAUGCCAACCACUUCCCUGCUACUCCCAGAGUGAAUUAAGUCUUGGAUCUUGCCCUCUGGGCAACACAUUCGUUACCAUAAAGAACAUCAUCAAACUAUGAACAUGAACAUGAACAUUCCAGAGACUGGAUUACAAAUGAGGUGG